UAGAGUAGUGAAGCUGCGAUGUUACCAUUUCACCUCUCUCUCUCUCUCUCUCUCUCUCUCUCUCUCUCCGUGAAAUUGUAAAACGCUGAAACUAAUAAAAAACGAUUUUAUGGUCUCUUCAAUCUCCCCCCUUCUUUGAUCUCUCUGUCCUUUUCUACAUAAAAUUUUUUUACCAAAUCGAUCGGUUUAGUUUUCUUCAAGCAUUUUUGGUUUGCUAUUGGGGAGGAUGAUAGAAUGCAGUGUUUGCCACUCCAAAUUUUCUCCCACAAGCAAAACCGUUUCCAGAGCUUACGAUAGGCACAGGAGUGAUGUUUCUUCCAAAACGCGAGCACUUAACGUUCUUUUGGUUGUUGGUGAUUGCAUCUUGGUUGGUCUCCAGCCAAUAUUGGUUUACAUGUCUAAGGUAGAUGGCCAGUUCAAGUUUAGUCCUAUAAGUGUUAACUUCUUGACCGAGGCUGCUAAGGUUCUUUUUGCUAUUAUUAUGCUUUUCAUCCAGGCUCGAAGUAAAAAGGUUGGGGAGAAACCUUUUCUCUCUUUUUCUAUCUUUGUACAGGCUGCUCGAAAUAACGUGCUUCUUGCUGUUCCAGCUCUCCUUUAUGCUAUUAAUAAUUAUUUGAAGUUUAUUAUGCAGCUAUACUUCAAUCCUGCAACAGUGAAGAUGCUGAGCAAUCUGAAGGUUUUGGUAAUUGCAGUCUUGUUGAAAAUAAUCAUGAAGCGACGAUUUUCAAUUAUUCAGUGGGAGGCUCUUGCUCUAUUGCUUAUUGGGAUUAGUGUGAAUCAGUUACGGUCUCUACCUGAGGGCACCACUGCCUUGGGCCUUUCAGUUGCAACAGGGGCAUACUUGCAUACACUAAUUUUUGUGACUGUUCCAUCACUAGCUUCAGUCUAUAAUGAGUAUGCUUUGAAGAGCCAGUUUGAGACCAGUAUUUAUCUUCAGAACCUCUUUCUUUAUGGGUAUGGUGCCAUAUUCAAUUUCCUUGCCAUCCUAAUAACUGCCAUUUUUAAAGGUCCUAGUACCUUGGAUAUCCUGCAAGGUCACUCAAAGGCUACCAUGCUUUUGAUAUGCAACAAUGCAGCACAAGGAAUUUUAUCUUCUUUCUUUUUCAAAUAUGCAGAUACGAUUUUGAAGAAGUACUCGUCAACUGUAGCCACAAUUUUUACAGGAAUAGCAUCUGCUGCACUUUUUGGUCAUACCCUGACUAUGAAUUUCGUCUUAGGAAUUUCUAUUGUGUUCAUCUCCAUGCACCAGUUCUUUUCACCACUUUCAAAGGUUAAGGAUGAACCACUGAAAGGUGGUCUAGAAAUGAUGGAUGGUGAAAGCAACCAGAGGUCUAAGGAUGCAUCCUUCAUAAAUAUGACAGCAGGAGCAAAUGAAGAUGCUAGUCAUCGAGUUGAACAUGAUGAGAAGGCACCACUUCUUCCCAUCUAAAGUUGCACCAGUUCUUCCCAUCUAAAGUUUACUGUGGGGAGCGAUCAGCGUGUACAUUUCUAGGCAGGAAUUAUCAGUAGUUGAGAAUACCAGCACUUCCAGUGACACAAUAGAAUAAAUGCUGUAGAAGAGAUUCUUUAUUUCAUUUUGGGGUUUGUGGGAACCCACGCCAUACCUUUGAGUAAGCUAUCCACUAAACAUCUUUGGAGCAUGAGAGGCUAUUGAGCACCUGGUUUCUGGGAAAGGGGAAGGGGAGACAGGUUAAAACAAUAUUUAUAAAGAAAUGCAGCAAUUUUUGUAAUUCGUCGGUCUAUGCCAUAUCCAGAAAACUAUUACUUUUUAUUGUGAUAUCUCUUCAUAUAUGUUCGACAACACUUUCAUGAAUUUUGGUAAUGUAAAUGUCUUGAAUCCUAUAAUGUCGAAAUGCUGAUAUAUUGCAGUAUCUGGAAAUGCUGGUUUCCUGUUGAGCACCAGCAAUUUUACUUGUA